AUGGCACCGAAAAAAAUUUUAAUGCUUGUUGGUGAUUUUGUCGAAGAUUAUGAAGUAAUGGUUCCUUAUCAAGUUUUACUUACAGUUGGUCAUCAUGUUGAUGUUGUAUGUCCAGAUAAGAAAGCAAAAGAAACCGUUGCAACUGCUAUACAUGAUUUUGAACAAGAACAAACAUAUACAGAAAAACGUGGCCAUAAUUUUACAUUGACAGCAACAUUUUCAUCAGUUAAAGCUAAAGAUUAUGAUGCAUUAGUAAUACCUGGUGGACGUGCACCGGAAUAUAUUCGAUUAGAUAAACGAGUUCGUGAUCUUGUACGUGAAUUUGAUAAUAAUAAAAAACCUAUUGCAAGUAUAUGUCAUGGUCUUCAAGUACUUGCUGCAGCUGGUGUUGUUACAGGUCGUAAAAUUACAGCAUAUAAAACACUCGGACCUGAUCUUCAAUUAGCUGGUGCAAAUUAUGUUGAAGUUGAACCAACAGAAGUAGUUGUUGAUGGAAAUCUUGUUACAUCACCAGCUUGGCCUGGUCAUCCAAAAUGGCUUGCAGAAUUUUUAAAAUUAUUGGGCACAACAAUUAAUCCAUAA